AUGGGUCGCGUCCGUACAAAGACCGUGAAGCGUUCAGCGCGGCUGAUCAUCGAGAAGUACUACUCGCGCAUGACGCUCGACUUCCAGACGAACAAGAAGAUCUGUGAUGAGGUGGCAGUCAUCCCCACGAAGCGCCUCCGCAACAAGAUCGCCGGCUUCGCGACGCACCUGAUGAAGCGCAUUCAGAAGGGCCCUGUGCGCGGCAUUUCGCUGAAGCUGCAGGAGGAGGAGAGGGAGCGGCGCAUGGACUUCGUCCCUGACGAGUCUGCCAUCAAGACGGACGUCAUUGAGGUUGACCCUGUUACCCUGGACAUGCUCAAGGCCAUCAAUAUGGCUACCCUUCCUGGUGUCACUCUGGUUCAGCCUCAAACUGGUGGUGGUGGCCCUGUUGGAGGCUAUGGCGGAAGCUGUCAUUCGACACCGACCCAAGCUUCUCACAGUUCUGGUUCAGCGCCUAGAAGCAUGGGCGGGCUCAUGUUUCCAGUGCUUGUGCUUGCCGGUCUAGGCCUGCUUGCUUCACCAGCAAUGAGCCAAUUGGUACCAACGAGAGGUUAUGUGAUAGUUGAAAAUGGGUCUUUCUACCUCAAUUGCCGGAAGUUCGUGUUUUCCGGAUGCAACUCGUGGGACCUCAUGCAGAAUGCGAGUAAUCCAAGCACCAUGGGGACAGUGAACGCGACGCUGGAUGACAUGGUAUCCAUGAAUCUCUCAGUUGUCCGGACCUGGGGCUUUUCAACACAGUGCGUGCCAGCCAUUUUGGAUAUUGCGGUACUCUUGUUUCCUUUUACUUACCUGAGCAAGUGUCAUCACAGAGCAAGCUCACCUGUGCAGCUAAGCCCCGGGGUGUACAAUCAAACCCUACUAAGAGGGCUGGAUUUCGUCCUCGCUCAAGCUAGAAUUCGUGGCAUCAGAGCGAUGAUUGCCUUUUCCAACUUUUGGGGUAUGGGAGAUGGAGUGAAUAAGUACAUCAGGUGGGCUGGACUGAAUCACACGGACUUGUUCUUUAACAGCACUGUUUGCCAAGGACUCUAUCAAAACUACAUGAAGAUGCUAGUUUCAAGGGUGAACACCUACAAUGGCAUCAGAUAUUUGAAUGAUACGACUAUCCUGGGCUGGAACCUGCUAAAUGAGCCAAGGUGCUUUACUGAUGGCUGUCAAGAUUCUGUCCAGAGUUGGACUGAAAUGAUGUCAACAUACCUUAAGAAAAUCGAUCCCAAUCAUUUGGUUGCAACUGGGUUUGAGGGAUUCUACGGAGAAAAUCAGAACCACACGUCCAUCAAUCCAGGAGAGCCUUGGGGCCAUUGGGCAACACAGACGGGGCAGGAAUUCAUACGCAACAACAGGUUCUGGGCAAUUGACUUUGCAGUUGCACACAUUUGGUCCGAGAACUGGAUUGGAAACCAGCAGAAUACAUCAGCGAAGCUGUCAUUCAUACAGAACUGGAUUACGGCACACAAUCAAGAUGCUCGUGAUGUUUUAAAUAAGCCCCUAGUAUGGGAGGAGUUUGGAAUGCAGGAUGUUAUCGUCAAUGGGACAUUCACCUCAAGAAACGUGUUUCUGACAGCCAUAUACGAUGCUCUCUACACCUCCAUGGUUGAGGAUGGAACCGUGCAAGGGGACAAUGUCUGGGUCUUCAAGAGCCCAGAUGGAGAGUUUGGGUACACCAUUCGCCCAGGUCAGUCAGCAGCGGAGAUUGUGAAAAGCCAUGCAGCUGCUGUAAUGCAACACAAACUCAGCUUUGGUGAACCCUGCUAA